UUUUCGUUUUCCUUUCACCCCCUUCUUCUUUCCAAAGGCAGAUAGAGCUGGGAAGAGAGAAGUGUUUUGUGCGAGUCUUUGACUUUAGGUUCUUUCUCCAUCUCUUUGGAGGAAGAAAAUAGAGACACAGAGAGUGGGUAGUGUACAUAAAAUUCCAAGAAAUGUGGACCGUACCACUUGGAGGGACAACAUGUGUAAUUGAUAACAGUCUGAAUCUUGGUAUUAACAAGAUCCCAUUUCCUUUCAAGGCUUCUCCCAAAUCUCUCCCAACAUCAGGUCUAUGUAGGGCCAGUCAAGUUGCUGAGCUUUUUCCAACUAUAUCACCUGAGGUUUAUGUUAGGGAGGCAAGGGUAGAGGACUGCUGGGAAGUGGCUGAGACUCACUGCAGCUCCUUCUUCCCUGAAUACUCUUUCCCUCUAGAUUUUGUGUUGAGAAUUGACAGGCUGAUUGCAAUGCUUUUUGGAUUCUCCAUCCCAAUUGGAUGCCAGAGAACUUGUCUUGUUGCUGUUGUUGGCAGCAGCGAUGAAAAGGCUUGCUUAUUAGGUACUGAAGAACUCAAACUUGGAGGAUUUGAUGGACGAUUGAGUCUCAACAAGGGUUACGUGACUGGAGUAUUGACUGUGGAUACUGUAGCUGAUUUCCUUCCCAGAAAAGGACCCUUGCGGCAGAGAAGGAAAGAAAUUGCGUAUAUAUCAAAUGUCGCGGUACGGGAAAGAUAUCGUCGAAAAGGCAUAGCAAAAAAGCUCAUAAUGAAAGCGGAGGCACAAGCCAGAAGCUGGGGAUGCCGUGCAAUUGCUUUACAUUGCGACAUUAGCAACCCUGGAGCCACAAAAUUGUAUAUAGGACAAGGCUUCAGAAUCGUCAAAGUGCCAGAAGGAGCAAAGUGGCCUCAACCCAAGACUUCCCCAAAUAUGCAGUUCGGUUUCUUGAUGAAACUACUGGACAUAUAAGACAGUUCAUUAAACAAUUGGGUGCGUGGUACUUGUAUAUAUGUAUAUGUGGAACUAAGGGAUUAAGCCAUAGCUGUAAUUAUUGUAUUAGUCGUGUUGAAAUUUCUCCUCACAAGUUUCUGUUGUAUACUAAGACUGCAUGCUUGCCAUACCAAUGACACUUGAUUUCGUAUAGAGGUGAUAUAAUUACGCUUGCA